AUGCCAAACGGUAUUAGCAAGCGCCAGCAGUUGCGCCAUGAGAAAGCCCUGGCCGAGUUGGUCCGGUCUGUUCCAGGCAAUGACCGGUGCGCCGAUUGCGAUGCCCCGUCCCCAGGAUGGGCAAGCUGGAAUAUGGGCAUCUUCCUUUGCAUGCGGUGCGCCGCAAUCCAUCGCAAGCUGGGCACACACAUUUCCAAGGUCAAAUCAAUGAGUAUGGAUACUUGGUCGGCGGAACAGGUUGAUAGUAUGAAAUCGCACGGCAACCUCCUCAUGAACAAGAUCUAUAAUCCCAAAAAUAUCAAGCCGCCUGUCCCGACCGACGUUGACGAAGCCGACUCAUGCAUGGAGCGUUUUAUCAGACAAAAAUACCAGUACCGCUCGUUGGAGAGUGGAAGACCCAAGCCUCCAAGCCGGGAAGACGAGAGUUAUACCAGGAGCCGAUAUGGGUCUGGGUCUGGGUCCGGCAAGUUCUUCGGGCGCGGUCUACGGUCGUCAUCCUCAACCUCGAACCUCCGUCGAUUUGGGACCAAGAAGUCCCCGGCUCCCGAACAGCGACCCUGGUCCCCUAAUUUUCCGAGGAAGACCAGUGGUCUCGGUGCGCCGGUCGCAGAUGUCACGACUGACUCAUUCGAAGCGAAGAUGGCCGCUCUGCGGGAUAUGGGCUUCAAUAAUGACCGACGGAACGAGAUGGUGCUCCGUGGGCUCAAUGAGAAUCUGGAUAAGUCCAUUGAGACAUUAGUGAGACUCGGUGAAGGUAACGGUGCUUCAUCGCGGUCUAGGACGCCCGCAGCAGCAACUACCACAGCAACUACCACAGCAACUGCUGCGCGUGCGACAACCCCGAACCCAUUGGCCUCUGCCAGUACGAACCCAUUUGAUAGGGCCGUAUCGAACCCAGUCCCCCAGCCGCAGUCUGCAUCUCAUAACCCGUUCGAUCGACCGAUAGCCACGACGAACGCAGCAGCGCAACCUCUAGAGUCGUCCUUCCAGAACCUUCAGGUCUCCCAGCCGUUGUUCCCCCACUCGACUGGCGGAUAUCCAGCCCAAACGGGCCUGAUGCCUCAGACACAAUACCAGCAGCCUUACACGCCUCCUGUUACCGCGACAUUCUCGCAGAAUCCUUACGUAUCCUCACCUCAGCCUAUGGACAGUAGUCAUAACCCGUUCUUCCAGACAGCACCGCAGCAGAGCGGCUUGGGUGCUCAAUCUUAUCCGAACCCGAGUGCGCCCCAGAACAACCCCUUUUUCAAUAACGCGCAGCCUCAACAGCAGCAGCCUCAACAGCAGCAGCCUCAACAGCAGCAGCCUCAACAGCAGCAGCAGGCAACUCAACUCUCUGUGCCUCAGCUGCAGCAUGCAAACACCAUGCCUGCGUUCUCUUCAAGUUUGCCAUUUGGAAGCUCUCCAUUUGGCUCUUCCCCGUUCCAAUCACAGCCUCAGCAGCAACAGUCUCAGCCUACUGGCAUCAGCCAGGGAUCUUAUAAUCCGUUCCAGCAGUCAAUGGGACAGGCUUCUCAAAGUGCUGUCCCUUCAAUCCCCGAGCAAUAUCAAACCCAGCCAACAGGAACCAGCCCCGUUCCACCCCUGACGAAUUCCUUCAACUCGACCCCUCAAACCCAACCCGGCUCAAAUAUCACAACCCCUCAACCAAGCAACGGCAUGACCACCACAGCAUCUCGCAACCCCUUCGGCGCCGCAACCGUCGGCUCAGGCCUCGCCGCCCAAGCCGGCGUCAAUUACCAACAAACUCCUGGCCUAGGAAUUGGCAUGGGCGCCAACCCCACCCAACCUCAAGGCUCGAACAUGAAUAUGAACAUGAACACAAAUAUGGGAAUGGGAAUGGGAAUAAAACCCUCCACGCAAGGGCCCCCUUCUUCAAACGCAUUCCCUCGAAUGCACAUGAGCCAGCCAAGCGUGGACAUCAACGGCCUUCAAAAUGGGCGACACAGCCCUGACGCAUUCGCCAGUCUGAGCGCUCGCUACGGUUGA